AUGUAGUUAGAUUAAUUAAUAACAACAUUUGGCUUAGAUUCUUGUGAUGAAAUACCAUUUCUAAAAUUAUAAGCAAGAAAAUUAAAAAUAUCACGCCCAUCAUAUAUAGCUUUUAUUGUUGUUUUAUUAGGAUUAGCAUGUAUUAUAUUAGGAAUAGGAAGAGGAUUCUUUAUAAAAAUAAUGACAUUAGUUUAUCCUUUUUUAAUGACAUUAGAAGUUAUUGAAACUUAGAGUAUUAUAUUUAAUAUAUUUAUAAAUAUAGAUUAUAGAAAUGCUAAAUAAUGGCUAUCAUAUUGGGUUAUAGUUAUGAUUGUUCAUUUAUUGGAUGAUUACUUAUAUUGGGUAUUAUAUUAUUUGCCUUAUUAUCAUUUUAUGAAGUUUAUCUUUUUUUUGUUGUUAUUUCACCCAAAAACACAGUUUGCAGAACAUUUCUAUGA